ACAUGAGAAACAAGUUCGAAGGGAAGCAGCAGCUGCUUGCAUGGUCUUCUCACAGCCUGCAGGCACAAUGGCAGUGUUGAUGAAGUUGGGUUGCUCUUUUUGUUUCGCUUGGAGACCAUUGCUCCAUUUGAUGCUGUUAUUAGUGGUUUCUCGCAAAGCCAAAUGCGUGGUGAAGCUGCCACUUAAUAUUUCAGUUCCAGCAAUCUUUGCAUUUGGAGAUUCAAUCAUGGACACCGGCAACAACAACAACCUCAAAACAGUAGUCAAGUGCAACUUCCCUCCUUAUGGUCAAAAUUUCGAGGGAGGCAAACCAACUGGCCGGUUUUGCAAUGGAAAGGUUCCUUCAGACAUCAUAGCUGAGGAGUUGGGUAUUAAGGAGUUCUUGCCUGCUUAUUUGGAUCCGAAUCUGAAACCUAAUGAUCUUCCUACCGGUGUCUGCUUUGCUUCCGGCGCCUCAGGAUAUGAUCCUUUGACUCCCAAAAUUGUGUCAGUGAUACCGAUGUCGGCUCAAGUAGAGAUGUUCAAAGAAUACAUAGGUAAGCUGAAAGGGAUUGUGGGGGAGGAAAGGACAAACUUCAUCUUAGCCAACGCCGUCGCUCUCGUGGUUUCUGGCAGCGACGACAUUGCCAACACAUACUUCACCGCUCGCGUUAGGCAACUCCAAUACGACGUCCCCGCCUACACUGAUCUCAUGGCCAAUUCAGCCUCUGAUUUUAUUAAGGAGAUACAUGAACUAGGGUUGCGGAGGAUUGGAGUGUUCAGUGCGCCGCCAAUUGGGUGCGUGCCAUCACAGAGAACUCUGGCAGGGGGGGAAGUAAGAGAGUGCGCAGAAAAGCACAACGAAGCCGCAAGGUUAUUUAACUCGAAGCUGUCAAAGAAGCUGGAUUCCCUCAACAGGGAUUCACCAAACAGCAGGAUUGUGUAUAUUGAUGUUUACGGCCCUUUACGCGAUAUCAUCCAAAACUACAAAAGAUACGGGUUCCAAGUGGUGGACAGGGGAUGCUGCGGCACAGGAGAAAUAGAAGUGGCGGUGCUGUGCAAUCCAUUGGAUGCUACUUGUGGCGACGCUUCCAAUUAUGUGUUUUGGGACAGUUAUCAUCCCAGUGAAGCUGCCUACAGGAAGCUCAUCAGUCCUCUCCUUCAAAGUUAUGUCAACAAGUUCUUCUGACUCCGCCCCUCCUUUUUACUUUUAUUUCUAUCCUUCUUCCACUUGCGGCUUUACUUUCCUUACUUUGUUUUCCUUUUUGCUUCUUGCCAUAAUAAGUGUUAUUCCUAUUUAAUCAAGUUCCUUUUUGCUGCCA